AUGACCACCCACGUCACCCUGGAAGAUGCCCUGUCCAACGUGGACCUACUGGAAGAGCUGCCCCUCCCUGACCAGCAGCCAUGCAUCGAGCCCCCACCUUCCUCCAUAAUGUACCAGGCUAACUUUGACACAAACUUCGAGGACAGGAAUGCCUUUGUCACGGGCAUCGCAAGGUACAUCGAGCAGGCUACAGUGCACUCCAGCAUGAAUGAAAUGCUGGAGGAAGGGCACGAGUAUGCAGUCAUGCUAUACACCUGGCGCAGCUGUUCCCGGGCCAUCCCCCAGGUGAAAUGCAAUGAGCAGCCCAACCGAGUGGAAAUCUAUGAGAAGACGGUAGAAGUGCUGGAGCCUGAGGUCACCAAGCUCAUGAAGUUCAUGUACUUUCAGCGCAAAGCCAUCGAGCGGUUCUGCAGUGAGGUGAAACGACUGUGCCAUGCCGAGCGGAGGAAGGACUUUGUCUCCGAGGCCUACCUCCUGACCCUGGGCAAGUUCAUCAACAUGUUUGCAGUCUUGGACGAGCUGAAGAAUAUGAAGUGCAGUGUCAAAAACGACCACUCUGCCUACAAGAGGGCAGCGCAGUUCCUGAGGAAGAUGGCUGACCCCCAGUCCAUCCAGGAGUCGCAGAACCUGUCCAUGUUCCUGGCCAACCACAACAGGAUCACCCAGUGUCUCCACCAGCAACUGGAAGUGAUCCCAGGCUACGAGGAGCUGCUGGCUGACAUUGUCAACAUCUGCGUGGAUUACUACGAGAACAAGAUGUAUCUGACCCCCAGUGAGAAGCACAUGCUCCUCAAGGUAAUGGGUUUUGGUCUGUACCUGAUGGAUGGGAAUGUCAGUAACAUUUACAAAUUGGAUGCCAAGAAGAGAAUCAACCUCAGCAAAAUUGAUAAGUUCUUUAAGCAGCUGCAGGUGGUGCCCCUUUUCGGCGACAUGCAGAUAGAGCUGGCCAGAUACAUUAAGACCAGUGCUCACUAUGAAGAGAACAAGUCCAAGUGGACGUGCACCCAGAGCAGCAUCAGCCCCCAGUACAAUAUCUGCGAGCAGAUGGUUCAGAUCCGCGAUGACCAUAUCCGCUUCAUCUCGGAACUCGCUCGCUACAGCAACAGUGAGGUGGUGACGGGCUCCGGGCUGGACAGCCAGAAGUCAGAUGAGGAGUACCGUGAGCUCUUUGACCUGGCCCUGCGGGGCCUGCAGCUCUUAUCCAAGUGGAGCGCCCACGUCAUGGAGGUGUACUCCUGGAAGCUGGUUCACCCCACGGACAAGUUCUGCAACAAGGACUGUCCGGGCACGGCCGAGGAGUACGAGCGAGCCACGCGCUACAACUACACCAGUGAAGAGAAGUUCGCCUUCGUCGAGGUGAUCGCCAUGAUCAAAGGCCUGCAGGUGCUCAUGGGCAGGAUGGAGAGCGUCUUCAACCAGGCCAUCAGGAACACCAUCUACGCGGCCCUGCAGGACUUUGCCCAGGUGACCCUUCGCGAGCCCCUAAGGCAGGCGGUACGGAAGAAGAAGAACGUCCUCAUCAGUGUUCUACAGGCGAUUCGGAAAACCAUCUGUGACUGGGAGGGGGGCCGUGAGCCCCCCAAUGACCCGUGCUUGAAAGGGGAGAAGGACCCCAAGGGUGGAUUUGACAUCAAGGUGCCGCGGCGAGCCGUGGGUCCCUCCAGCACACAGGCCUGCCAGUGGUCCCCGCGGGCUUUGUUUCACCCCACUGGUGGCACACAGGGCCGAAGAGGCUGCCGAUCCUUGCUGUACAUGGUGCGGACCAUGCUUGAAUCACUCAUCGCAGACAAAAGCGGUUCCAAGAAGACCCUGCGGAGCAGCCUGGAUGGACCCAUCGUCCUAGCCAUCGAAGACUUCCACAAGCAGUCCUUCUUCUUCACGCACCUGCUCAACAUCAGCGAAGCCCUGCAGCAGUGUUGUGACCUCUCCCAGCUCUGGUUCAGAGAAUUCUUCCUGGAGUUGACCAUGGGCCGACGAAUCCAGUUCCCCAUCGAGAUGUCCAUGCCCUGGAUUCUAACAGACCAUAUCUUGGAAACCAAAGAACCUUCCAUGAUGGAGUAUGUCCUCUACCCUUUGGAUCUGUACAACGACAGCGCCUACUAUGCUCUGACCAAGUUUAAAAAGCAGUUCCUGUACGAUGAGAUCGAAGCCGAGGUGAACCUGUGUUUUGAUCAGUUUGUCUACAAGCUGGCGGACCAGAUCUUUGCCUACUACAAAGCCAUGGCCGGCAGUGUCCUGUUGGAUAAACGUUUUAGGGCCGAAUGUAAGAAUUAUGGAGUCAUCAUUCCAUACCCACCAUCCAACCGCUAUGAAACCCUGUUGAAACAGAGACACGUUCAGCUGUUGGGUAGAUCCAUUGACUUGAACAGACUCAUUACCCAGCGCAUCUCUGCUGCCAUGUAUAAAUCCUUGGACCAGGCCAUCAGCCGCUUUGAGAGUGAGGACCUGACCUCAAUUGUGGAGCUGGAGUGGCUGCUGGAGAUCAACCGGCUCACGCACCGGCUGCUGUGUAAACACAUGACGCUGGACAGCUUCGACGCCAUGUUUCGGGAGGCCAACCACAAUGUGUCCGCCCCCUACGGCCGAAUCACCCUGCACGUCUUCUGGGAGCUCAACUUCGACUUCCUUCCCAACUACUGCUAUAACGGCUCCACCAACCGUUUUGUCCGAACUGCCAUUCCUUUCACCCAAGAACCGCAGAGAGACAAACCCGCCAACGUCCAGCCUUAUUACCUCUAUGGGUCUAAGCCUCUCAACAUCGCCUACAGCCACAUCUACAGCUCCUACAGGAACUUUGUGGGGCCCCCGCAUUUCAAGACCAUCUGCAGACUCCUCGGUUACCAGGGCAUUGCUGUGGUCAUGGAGGAACUGCUGAAGAUCGUCAAAAGCUUGCUCCAAGGGACUAUCCUCCAGUACGUGAAAACACUGAUCGAGGUCAUGCCCAAGAUAUGCCGUCUGCCCCGGCAUGAGUACGGCUCCCCAGGGAUCCUAGAGUUCUUUCACCACCAGCUGAAGGACAUCAUCGAAUACGCAGAGCUCAAGACUGACGUGUUCCAGAGCCUGAGGGAGGUGGGCAAUGCCAUCCUGUUCUGCUUGCUUAUCGAGCAAGCUCUGUCUCAGGAGGAAGUCUGUGAUUUGCUUCAUGCUGCACCCUUCCAAAACAUCUUGCCUAGAGUCUACAUCAAAGAGGGCGAGCGUCUGGAGGUCCGGAUGAAACGCCUGGAAGCCAAGUAUGCCCCACUUCACCUGGUCCCUCUGAUAGAGCGGCUGGGGACCCCUCAGCAAAUCGCCAUUGCUCGGGAGGGCGACCUGCUGACCAAGGAGCGACUGUGCUGUGGACUGUCCAUGUUCGAAGUCAUCCUGACCCGCAUCCGGAGCUACCUGCAGGACCCUGUCUGGCGGGGCCCGCCACCCACCAACGGCGUCAUGCAUGUGGACGAGUGCGUGGAAUUCCACCGGCUCUGGAGUGCCAUGCAAUUCGUCUAUUGCAUCCCCGUGGGGACCAACGAGUUCACAGCUGAGCAGUGUUUCGGAGACGGCUUGAACUGGGCUGGCUGCUCCAUCAUCGUCCUGCUGGGCCAGCAGCGUCGCUUUGACCUGUUCGACUUCUGUUACCACCUGCUCAAAGUACAGAGGCAAGAUGGGAAAGAUGAAAUCAUUAAGAAUGUGCCCCUGAAGAAGAUGGCAGACAGGAUCAGGAAAUACCAGAUCUUGAACAAUGAGGUUUUUGCCAUCCUGAACAAGUACAUGAAGUCCGUGGAGACGGACAGUUCCACCGUGGAGCAUGUGCGCUGCUUCCAGCCACCCAUCCACCAGUCCCUGGCUACCACCUGCUAG